AUGGAGACAGCCAAAGUCGUCCCAACCCAUCGGGAGCGUCAGAGCAUUGACAUUUCCGACGAGGAGACUCUCGACCUCAUCCGUCACGCACAGGAGAGCGAUGCCGCCGACAGGCUGUUGACCGUCCGUGAGGCGGCGAAGAAAUACAAGAAGGCCGUCUUCUGGGCCAUGUUUCUCUCGACCAGCCUGGUCAUGGAAGGAUACGACUUGGUCAUCAUCACUUCAUUCUACGGCCAGACGCAGUUUCAGGACCGGUUCGGCGUCCUGGAUUCAGCGACAGGCAAAAAGCUCAUCCCGGCCAGGUGGCAGUCAGGCUUGUCCAACUCGGCGCUCGUGGGCCAGCUGGCAGGCCUCUUGAUCAAUGCCUACACGCAGGACCGGUUCGGUUGCCGCCCGACCAUGAUGGUGUUCAUGGUGUGGAUGGCCUGCGUCCUGUUCAUUCCUAUCUUCGCCCCGUCGUUGUCGGUCCUGGCCUUUGGCGAGUCCAUGUGUGGCAUCCCAUGGGGUGUCUUUCAGACUCUAUCCACCACCUACGCCUGCGAAGUCGUCCCCACCGUUCUGAGACCUUAUGUGACGGCGUAUGUCUGCAUGUGCUGGGGCGGUGGGAUCCUCCUCUCGUCGGGCGUCGUUAGAGCCGUGGCGGGCGUCCAGGGCAACCUGGGCUGGAGAUUGCCCUUCGCGAUCCAAUUCGUCUGGCCUCUUCCGCUGUUCAUCGGCGCCUACUUCGCGCCCGAGUCGCCCUGGAAUGCGGUGCGGCGCGGCAAGUUCGACCUCGCACGACAGAGUUUGAUGCGGUUAAGACAAGACACGCCGGACAAGGAGAGGGAAGUGGACUCGACAUUGGCCUAUAUCAAAUACACGACCGAACUCGAGAGAGCCGAGACGGAGAACGCCAGUUUCCUCGAGUGCUUCAAGGGAACUAACCUACGCCGCACAGAGAUUAAUUGCGUCGUCUGGGCCGCCCAAAUUCUUUGUGGGAACGCCAUCCUGGGGUACUCGGUGGUGUUUCUUGAAGCGGCCGGGUUCUCUGAACUGCAGGCCUUCGACGUCAACAUUUCGCUCUCGGCGUGCUACAUCAUCGGCGGCAUCAUCUGCUGGCUGAUGUUCCCGCACCUGGGCCGGGCCACCAUCUAUAUGGGCGGGCUGACCUUUAUGUUCUUCUGUCUGGUGGCUAUCGGUGGCCUCGGCUGGUCCAAUUCCAAGGAUGCGCAGCUGGCCGUCGGCAUCCUGUUGGUGGUUUCCACGCUGUGCAACAUGAUCACCACCGGCCCGGCGUGCUAUCCCAUCGUGGCCGAGACACCCUCAGGCAGGCUGCGGUACAAGACCAUCGUGAUCGGGCGGUGCGUCUACAAUCUGACGGGCAUCUUUUCGAACUCAGUCACGCCGCGAAUGAUAUCUCCUGUGGGCAAGUCUCUCUGCACCUCCCCACCGUGGAAUUGGGGUGCGAAAACUGGCUUGUUCUACGCGGGCACCAACCUCCUCUGCAACAUCUGGUGCUGGUUCCGUCUACCCGAGACCAAGGACCGCACUUUCGGGGAGAUCGACCUAAUGUUCGAGAAUCGCGUCCCGGCCCGGAAAUUCAAGUACACCCAUGUUGAUCAAUUUGACCUCAUGGCUCACGAGCGGGGCAGAGAGGUGGUGAUCAACGACCAAGAGAAAUUGGGUAUGUCGAUGAGUUGA